AAAAAAAACAAAAAUCACAUUUACUCUUCAUCUCUGGUUUCAGAAACCCUUUCUUUGAAUCGGCAGGUUUUCCAUAUUCUUCGUCUUCUUCUCUCCUCUUCCUAUUGACUCUCUCUGUCUCGCUCUCUUCCGCCGGAGCUCGAUCUCUCUCAUAUGUCUCACUGUGGCGUCGCACUCAAUAUCUCUCCCUAUCUCCUCUCUGGUCUUGCAAUCGAGGUCAUCGUUGCGUCAUAGAGCGUCGCCUUCCUCCUGGUUCCGUCUUCCUCAUUCUUCGUCACUGUUGUCAGCCUCUCCCUUCGGGUGGCAGUCCUAAUCUUGAACUUAAUUUGGGCAUAGCAACUCCAGGACAUGGUCUGAAAGAAAACAGGGGGAAACUCCGGUUCCCCUGGGUCCCUUACAGCAUGCAUACUGGAAGAACAAUGGUGGAAACCAAUGUUAAUUCGGUAAUUGGUAAGCUAUCUUCAAAAAGGCUGGUUGCAACUGAAGAGCAUCCUUCUCCGUGGAAUGGCGUGAAUCCUAGUUUCUUUCCCAAUCAGGAGAGAGCUGAUAGGAUCAGCAUAGAUCAUUCCAAAGGACUACCCGGUUGGCCAUGGAAAAUGCACAACCAAAUCACUGCUACCCUGUUGCCUCCUUUCUCUGUUGCAGCAUCAUCAGGAUUCUCCAUCUCAGCUACAUUUCCAUCGAGCGCCAUCUUUCCGGCUAUAUCUGUGUACUAUGCAUACCAAAAAACAUGGAAGCCUUUUAAUCCAAUCCUUGGAGAGACCUAUGAAAUGGUUAACCAUGGUGGAAUCCUUGGUGCCACCUCCUACAAAGUUUAAUAACCUGAUAUUUGGAAGCAGCAGUAGAAGUUUAUCUAUUAUGAUUUAUGCAGUAGCUGAAAGCUUUCUUGUUGGAGAAUGUCUGUUGAAAUAGUCGGGUUCAUGCGGUUUUGUUUUAUGAUGCUUAAUUCAUUUUUCUCUUUUAAGGUCUUGGUAGUUUGAAUUGUUGGUCUCCAUUCUCCUAUUUUUCCUACAUGUUUUGGAGAGAAUGUUGUUAUAUAGUGUUAGGAUGCUAUGAUUGUUAUUGCUGGGCUUUGUAUUUGUGUCUCGUAUACUUCAAAUAUAUAGUGGGAGUUUGUGGUUUA